GAAGUGCACCUUGCAGCUUGAACACAUAAUAGCUUGUAGUAUCUUCUAAUCUCCAAGUCUAGCAGUCGGGAUUGCAUAGUUACAUAGGGGCUUUUUAUAUAUCGCUUGUAACAAAGGUGCGGAUGUCAUGAGCUUCAAGUUGGCUUUGACAGGCAAGCUCAUACCAUGAAUCGAAGAACGAUGUCAGCCCCUAGCAGCACGCUUGUAGUUCAUCAUUUGAAUGACUCGCGAUCUCAGCGAAUUCUCUGGCUUCUAGAAGAGCUUGACGUGCCGUAUGAAUUGAAGAAAUAUCAACGCAUGCCAGACAUGACAGCCCCAAAGGAACUCACCGCCGUGCAUCCUCUUGGAUACGCGCCGGUGAUCACCGAUGGAGAUAUCACCCUCGCUGAGAGUGGCGCCAUUGUUGAAUACAUCAUCAAUAAGUAUGGCGGAGGCAAGGCAAACCUUCCCGAGGCAGGAAAGAUAGAUGACUUGUACUACGCUCAUUACGCGGAGGGGUCGCUUAUGCCAAUGCUCGUGAACAAGCUGGUUUAUAACAUUGUACCACAAAGAUCACCGUUCAUACUGCGGCCCCUUGUCAAGAUUGUGUUUAGCACACUACAGACCAAGAUGCUUGAUCCGCGCUUGGAGAAACAUGCUGCAUUCAUUGAACAACAUCUGUCAAAGGACAACAGACAGUGGUUUGCUGGCGGCGACGGGCCAACCGCCGCCGACUACCAAAUGUCUUUCCCGUUGGAAACCUGGUGUCAUCGUUUCCCUGAGGUUCUCGGUCCAAAUACCAAGGAAUAUGUCAAACGAAUCCAUCAGCGACCGGCGUACAAGAAGGCCCUUGAGAAAGGUGGCAAGUACACCUAUGCUGAAUGAAUGUGGUGUUUUCCUUCAUACCUAGCAGCCCCCUUAUACCUAGCAGCGAUUUCAUCCUGACGAGCUUCACGGAGAACACCAAUAUGUUGUAACAUUCGUCAACGAUACCUUGGACUUUUGGAAUGUAGCUGUGCCUUCAAAUACAAUUAUGACUGUGUCAAGCAAUCCAGAUCUGAUCUCU